AUGGAUUACAUGGCCCUAAACCAAUCAUGGGGCGGCGCAGGGAACCGGAAACCGGGCCUGGAGUUCCUCCACUUCUCCAUAAAUAGACGCAGUUCAGCUCCAGGCCAGUUGGAGAGCGCAUCGCAGAGCGAGGAGGUUGGAGGCAGAAGGCGGGAAGGAGAUAUGGCUGCAAAUUGCACAUCCUCAUGGCGUCAGAGAGAACCCUGCAACAGACCUGGGUUGGAGCUGCCACGGUCUAUGGCAUCCUCAGAAACUGAACUUGGAAAUCACAACGUGGACCCUGAGAUUUCUCACGUGAACUUCAGGAUGUUCACCUGCCCGGAGGAGUCGGACCCCAUCCAGGCUCUGAGGAAACUCACUGAGCUGUGCCAUCUGUGGCUGAGGCCCGACCUCCACACCAAAGAGCAGAUCCUGGACAUGCUGGUGAUGGAGCAGUUCAUGAUCUCCAUGCCCCAGGAGCUCCAGGUCUUAGUCAAGGUCAACAGCGUGCAGAGCUGCAAAGACCUGGAGGACCUGCUACAAAAUCACAGAAGACCCAAGAAAUGGACUGUAGUCACCUUCCACGGAAAGAAAUAUCUUAUGCUGGACGCAGAUGUUGAGAUGGUUGAAGCCCCUGCCAGUGUCAGGGAUGAUCUGAGAGACGUGUCCAGCCAGUGGGCCUCCUCUGUGAACCAGAUGCGUCCGGGGGAAGGCCAGGCCCGCCGAGAGCUGCAGACCCUGCCCAGGAUCCCUGCACCGUCCAGGAGGCAGGAGGAGGACUUCCUACUGCCAGAGACUAUUGUCAUGAAAGGAGGUCCAAAGACUCUGAGACCCAAGCCGACCUUGAAGAAGGGUCUGAACGUAGACAGGGAGGAGAACCCAGGACUUACGUCCCCAGAGCCUCAGCUUCCAAACGGUCCCAGUGUGGUGGGAGCUAAGGAGGGGCAGGAACCCCAAAAAAGAGCCUCUGUGGAAAAUGUGGAUGCCGACACACCUUCUGCCUGCGUUGUGGAGAGAGAAGCUUCGACUCACAGUGGGAACAGAGGAAACGCUCCGAAUCUCAGAGGUCCCAAAAGAAGCAAACUAGACGCCACCUCCAUUUCCCAAGAAGGGCCUCCAGGAGGAGCCACACCUGUGGGCAACAGAGAAUCCCUGGGACAAGCUGGGAUCAAUCCAGUUCAUUUCCCAGGCCCUGCGGGCGCAGGCAGUCAGCCUGUUGGCCAAGAAGCCAAGGAACUGCUGCUCUUUGCAUGUGGUGUGUGCAGUAAGAGGUUUAUGUGUAAUUCCAAGCUAGUCCUCCACAAGAGAUCACACACAGGAGAAAGACCCUUUCAAUGUAAUGUCUGUGAAAGGUGCUUUAUGCAGCUCUCAGACCUCCGCGUUCACCAGCGAAUCCACACUGGUGAGAAGCCCUACACAUGCGACGUCUGCCACAAACGGUUCAACAGGAGGUUCUCCUUGAAAUGUCACAAGAGGAGCCACACAGGAGAGAAGCCCUACAAAUGUAAAGACUGCAAGAAAGUUUUCACCUACAGGAAGAACCUGAAUGAGCACAAGCUCAUCCACUCCGGAGAGAAACCCUAUCAAUGUUCCAAGUGUUCGAGAGCCUUUCGUCGGCCUGAAACGUUAAAAUACCACCAGAAAACACAUCCGGAAACCACUGCACCCAGAGAAUGUGAAGGAUGA